AUGGAGAGGUCUAGAUCUAAGAGGUACUACUAUGACCAAGACUACGAUACAGAGACUGUCGGUAGGACGAGGCCUCGGUACAACCACCACUACGCGACCAACAACCACCGCCACCGUGGAAGCGGCGGAGGCGGUGGCGGUGGUAGUGGUGGUGGGCGACCCUCUAAGCCUCAACAGGACCCAUCAAUUACGGUGACAACGACAUACCGUAUUCUCUGCCACGACAUGAAAGCCGGAGGCGUGAUCGGCAAGUCCGGUAGCAUCAUUAAGUCGAUUCGGCAACACACCGGUGCGUGGAUCAACGUGCAUGAACUGAUCCCCGGCGACGAGGAGCGGAUUAUUGAGAUUUCCGACACGCGCCGGAGGGAUCCGGAGGGCCGGAUGCCGGCAUUCUCUCCGGCACAAGAAGCCCUGUUUUUGAUCCAUGAGAGGAUUCUGGAGAGUGAUGUGGCUGGGUUUGGUGGUGGAGAGGAGGAGGAUGAGUAUGGCGGUGGUGUUAGAGGUGGAGGAGGAGGAGGAGGAGGAGGGGGUGGUGGUGGGACCCGAGUGGCUACGCGGCUGGUCGUGUCGAGAAUGCAUGUGGGGUCUUUGCUUGGCAAGGGAGGCAAGAUAAUUGAGCAAAUGAGGGUUGAGACCAAGACCCAGAUUAGGGUUUUGCCUAGAGAUCACAAUCUGCCUCGCUGUGUUUCUAUGUCUGAGGAGAUUGUUCAGGUAGUAGGUGAAGCGAAUUGUGUUAAGAAUGCUGUAGCAACUAUUUCAUCACGCUUGAGGGAGAGUCAGCAUCGGGACCGCAGUCAUUUCCAGGGACGAUUACACUCACCAGAACGGUUCUUUCCUCAUGACGAUGAUUAUAUUCCUCAUAUGAACAAUACAUCACGUAAGUCACCCAUGGAUGGGGCUGCUUUUGGGGCACGAUUACCUACAUCCAAUAUCAGAAACAACAACUAUGCCUCCCGUUCAUCUGGUUUUAACAUUGAACCUGGGUCUGGUCCCAUGACCGAUAAUGUGCAGCCCUUUUAUGGUGAAGACCUUGUGUUUCGAAUACUUUGUCCUAUUGACAAAGUUGAUCUUGUUGUUGGAGAUUCUGAUGGAAUUAUUGAAUUGCUUCAAAAUGAAAUUGGUGUGGAUGUCAAAGCUACUGACCCUGUGGCUGGUGCAGAUGAACAGAUAAUCAUCAUCUCUUCAGAGGAGGGUCCCGAUGACGAGCUAUUUCCAGCUCAGGAAGCUUUGUUGCAUAUUCAAACACGCAUUGUCGAUCUUAUUCCAGACAAAGACAACAUUAUCACUACUAGGCUACUUAUCCCAACUAGUGAUAUUGGAUGCUUAGAGGGAAGAGAUGGGUUGUUGUCAGAUAUGAGGCGACAUACUGGUGCAAAUAUACAAAUUCUGCCCAGAGAAGAACUUCCUGUGUGCGUAUCAGGGGACGAUGUGAUUGUACAGAUCGUAGCGGAAAUAAAAGCAGCUCGAAAUGCUCUUGUUGAGCUGACAUCAAGAAUACGGAGUUACUUAUAUAGGGAGUUAUUUCGAAAGGAUACGACACCACCUGUUUCUGCACCAGCUUUGGAGAUAUCUCCCAAUAACACAUUUCCACUUCGUGAAGCUCAUACUGGAAAUAAUCCUCCUAUGACAACCUAUCAGAAUUUGCAAACUGGGGCAAUCGCACUGGCAUCAAAGGAUACUGGAGGGAUUUCCAGUGAAUUGGUAAAGCCAAAUGAAAGUGAACGGCGUGAAGAUGUUCUGAGUGCAUUGAACAGAAUACCUGUGACACUAGUCACUAGGAGUACACUUGAAGUUGUAAUACCAGAGCAGGCAGUUUCAAAGCUCAUAACGAAAUCAAGAAACAAGCUUGCUCAGAUCAGUGAGUUAUCAGGAGCCAAUGUGACCCUGGUAGAGGAUAGACCAGAGGAAACACAAAAGAUCAUUCAAAUUUCAGGUACUCCAGAGCAGGCUGAGAGAGCUCAAAGCUUGCUCCAGGGCUUUAUUUUAAGCACACAAGAAGAUGGCCCUUAA